AUGGUUUCUGAAUCGAUGGAAACUUUUAGCGAAAGUGAUUUUCCUUCAGCUAAAUAUUAUCAAAGAUUUAAUGCAGGCAUUAGGGCUGCACAAAGAAUAUCUAACUUUUGUGACGAUAGGUCUCUUUCCCCAAUUAAAAAUGAGAAUGUUAAGGCAUUUUGCUCAUUACUUAUAAAUUAUUUAAAACAUAAUUACAACUUGUAUAAUGAAGAUAAUUAUAAAUUAUAUCAUUGCAAUCUUUUAAAUUUCUGGUUAUAUGAAAAAUUAGACAAUAAAUUUACAAGCUUAGAUAUACACGUUAAUUCUAUUUACUCCAUAUUCCUGAAAAUAUUGCAAAAAGUUUUUUCUGUUGAUUUUUUAAAAUUUCCUUACUACUGUCCUUUUAAUGAUAAUAUUGCAAAGUACGAUGAUUGGAAAGAGAUAAAAGAACUUUAUGAGUACUAUGUUGACCGGAAUCAUAUUAAUAAUUUUUAUUAUAAUAGUGACGAUAAUUGGGAUAAUAUAUGUGCAUAUCUUAAAAAAAAACUCAAUCUAUAUUAUAGAUACAAGGAUUCUUGUAAAUCUCCAUAUAAAAAUGAAUGUAAGUUAUUUCAUGAUACAUUUAAAACACACAAUGAACUACUACUCUUUAAUACAUUUGAUUGUGGACAAAAAGGUAGCGAAGAAACAUCAGGUAUUGUAGGAUUAUUUGAAGAACCAGAUUUAAGUGUACAAUCAGGUUUAAAUGAUCAAAAAGGUUUAAGAGAUAAAACAUAUGAAGCAUCUCUAGAAGUGAAAAACAAUUAUAGAGAUCCAUUAAGAGUAACGAUUAGUUCUGAUGAAGUAGAGUUUACAAAUAAAAGUUCUAGUGCCCUCAAUAUAUUUGUUAAAGUGAUUCUUGGAGUUUUAUUGACUUCUUUGACAUUAGGAUUGCUAUGUAGAUUUACAUCUUUAGGAUGUAUUGCACGAGAUUAUUUUAGAAUGAUAAAAAAGCUCACAAAUAAUCCAAAUGAAGAAAUCGAUGGAUUAUUUUAUAAUAGCUUAGGUAACUCUAGUCAUUUUUAUGAAGAUAGAAAAAAGUAUUAUAUAGGUUAUAUUACUGAAUAA